GUGGGAGAGUAAAAAUUCUUGUCGGUAGCGGGACCGCUAAAGUUCCCGAGCAACAGUUCACAAGAUCGCAGGAUCUGCGAUCAUGGAGAAAACCGCGUAUUUCGAGCGUGUGAAUCGUUUAAAUGCCUUCGUGAAUUUCCUCGCAGGCCAUUUUUUGCCGCUCAGCGACAACCCCAAAAAGAUAGGCUGCCUCAGCGGCUUGUGGAUGAUAUUCGCGUGGGCAGUUAAACUCGUAUACCUGAUAAGCACCGCUUUGGGAACGUUGCAUUUCGCCAAACUCACAGCGGACGAAGCUUUCAAGACGAUUGGUGCCGAGGCCGUGCUUACUUCUGAGAUAUUAAUUCCCCUGUUGUAUCUUAAUUUUCGACGGAGCGAUCUCCACAAAUUGAUCAAGAAAUACAAUCUCAUUCUCAUCGACUGCGACGAGCUGAGAGAAUUCGUUCGCCAAACGGUCGAUCAUUACAAUACAGGCCUCAGCAUUUACUUCAUCGCGGGUCUCAUAGUAUCCGUAUUUUUUCCACUAGCACCAAUUUUCCAUAUUUUCGAAAGUGAACAGUUCAGCUACGCUGAUUUUACAUUACCAGCUUAUUUGCCCGGUGAACCAUUCUCGAGAGGCGUUUUCGCUGCUGGAGUUGCCAUGCAAAUCGUCGGUUCUUGCGGCAUACACGUUGGAACAGUCGCCAUGUAUCUGUAUGUCGUUCAUUACAUCGCUGUCCUAGUAGGUCAAUAUAAAUACGUCCGCGUACGAAUAGCCGAAGCGCUGAGUGAAGAGCACGGUCGAAGGGACGACUCGUCUGCGAUCGCUGCUCUUCGUGAUUGCAUCGAACAUCAUUCUGCCGUCAUAAAUUCAUAUUUUCCAACGUACUGUGGACAUGCCCUGCGCAUUUUAAAUCAUUCGCCGACACCGUUUUCGUGUGACUUACUAUUUGAAAAGACGCGCUACAUCAACAUGAAGAAAUCAGUUGGACAAGCGCUCGGCGAGGUAUUGGCGCUCCAUGUUGGCGUAACGUACAUUACUUGUAUAAUGGAAUUCUGUUUUUUAGCUUACGGCAUAAUAACGUUCGGGAGUGCCGUCGUCGAAAAGUUCACUUACAUCGCUUACACAUUAUUCCGCGUAUUACUGGUGUUCAUGCUCUGCUCCAGUAUCCAAGAAUUGGUCGAUGCAAGCACGUCUGUCACGGAUGACGUUUUUCACGAAAAUUGGUAUACUCGGAGCAAGACCGUACAGAAAACCUUUUACAUUAUUCAACUCAGCAACCAAAUAGAAUGUCGUAUCAGCGCUUAUCGAAUCGUUGAACUCGUCGUUCCAACUUUGGCAUUGAUUUUGAGCAAAUCGUAUUCAGUUUGCUUGCUUCUACUCAGCGUUAAAUGAAUGUCGUGCUUUGCUGCAUCAACUUCACCGAAUCGUUUCGUGUUAAUUUCGUGUCGUAGCCACGAUAACCUCGGCUUGAUACUGGAAGUCACAAAACUAGAAAAUUUCUUUCAUUAUUGAUGCAAUUACGUUAGACUCGAAAAUUAUUAUUUGGAUUAUAAAUAUGAAAGCUUACGAGAAAAACAGUCUUUUCUCAUGCAUUCGCAUAACAGUUGUUAGAAGACGUCUGAGAUGACAGAAAAUCACGUUGAUGGAAUAUUCGUUUUUCGUGCUAUGUUCCCGAAUCAAACUUUGUGAAGAGAUCCGUUGUUGUGAAUUGACGUUGAACUCGAAUAAUUAAAGUGUGAA